CAGCACGUGGCUGCGCUGACUCAGCGCCCCGAGCCGAUAAAGCCGCGGCGGCCGCGCCCGUCCCGGAGCCGGGCUCUUUGUCACCGUCCCCGCGGCGAGCCAGGGUUCCCGUGUGCCAUGGAGCUGCCGUGGCUGGGCGAGCACUGCUCCGAGCGCUCCUGCAAACAGCUGGAUUUCCUUCCUCUGAAAUGUGACGCAUGUGGGGAAGUGUUCUGUAAAGAUCACAUCCGAUACGAUGACCACAAGUGCAGCUCUGCCUACAAGAAAAAUGUGCAGGUGCCAGUGUGUCCCCUCUGUAACACACCUAUCCCAGUGCAGAAGGGAGAAAUCCCAGAUAUUGUGGUUGGAGCCCACAUAGAUAAGGACUGCAAAUACAACCCAGCACAGCAAAAGCAGAAGAUCUUCACAAACAAAUGCACAAAGCCAGGCUGCAAAAGGAAAGAGAUGAUGAAGGUGGUUUGUGAGCAGUGUGGUGGCAGCUUCUGCAUCAAACACCGGCAUCCUCUGGAUCAUGACUGCAGAGGGAGCAGCCAGCCCAUCUCCAAGGCAGGAUAUGCAGCUCUGAUGAGAGCAUCUCAUCCCACCUUUAAGUCCCCAGGAGCAAUUGGAGUGCCAUCUAAUGGGAAUCGUCAGCACAACAGGUAUCAGGAGAAAAACUACAACCAGUCUGGUGUCCACACGGUGUGGCAGUGCCACUUCACACCUCUGACUGCUCUAGAGCUGGUGGCUGACCCAUAAAUGGUGUUGGGAGGGCAGUGGGGGCUCUGACAGCACAGGUAAAUCCCUGCUCCUCUAUAAUAGAGUGACUGAAGUGGCCUCAUAGACACAAGCAUGGGGACAUCAAAUUGUAUCUGCAGGCUGGUCUCCCACCUGCUCAGUGAGAGGUUUGGCCAAGUUCGGGGAAGAUGGUGUGUCAUCAGAGUGAGGAAAGCACAGCAAGCACCUGACUUAAAAUAAAUGGCCCAAGCCCUUCCCUGGCAUGUUGUAGCUCAUGUGACUGAAAGUUCCAGUUGUGCAACCCUUACAGUGCAUU